GACUGAGAACUGAGAAUGAGAUUAUUGAGAAGACGAAAGUAAAAGUUCAAGUUUCUGAAACGAGUGAAGAUUUGUUGUCCUUUAUGAGUCAGUUCUUUCAACAGAAGUGUUGAACGUAAAGCUAAUAGGCUACUUCCUCUUUCAGGUGAAAACGACCUAAGCCAGCCAUGUCUAAAACAGGGAAAACAGUGAAAGGCGCUGUUCCAUGCGGUAAUCCGUCUAGAUAUGCCGGCCGGGAUGUGGUGCGGAUGUCUCGGGGUGGUGCUGCAGGGGUCAAACGAGGUCACGCCCAAGACGGAGAAGACUGUGAGGAGACGGAGGGAGAGAAGCAUCUGAAGACUAUGCUGCAUCAUCAGUUGCAGACAGACAUUACUGUCUCUAAACAGUUUUCAAAACACCGUGAUUUCACACCUGCGACGUCCCAUGCCCCUGAGGUGGAAAAACUCGAGGGAGUUCACAAACUUGACCAUUACCGAGUUGUGGAAGCCACAGAUGCGCAAAUUGAUGAACUACGACACUGUGGACUUACAGAUGAAGAGAUUGCACUCAAGCUGGCCCAUGAUAUGAAGGAUGAGGUUGUUGUUUUGCGGAAUAUAUUUUAUAACAGUUGUGAAAAUAGAAUGAGAGCAACAGAAAUGUGGUUUCUUAGGAAACUCCUGAGAUUUUCAUGGACUAAAAAAGAAAUAAAACACAAGCUCAUACAUUGUAGUACUCACUCUCAAAAUGUGUUUGUUUUCCAUCCGCAGCUCGGGUUUUCAUCAAAAGGUUACGGGACUGACCCGGAGGUCAUACAGUCAAGAUUGAGGGAGAUCAAGGAGAAGAUUGCGGAGAAGCAGAGAUGCCUCUCUCAGCCAGACACGUUCAAAGGAGCCCUCGAGCUGAGUCGCCAGGCAAUGGAUAUCAACAAAUCUCUGGCGCAGCGACAAGGGGGUGGUGAGGGGGCGGACGUUCUGAAUGUGAUCACCACACAGAAGAAGUUUGCGGCAACGCACCCAGAUGACCCCGUGAACCACAUUCCUGAAAUGAUGAAUGAGUUGGAGGGGAAGGUAGAGAGGGAACCUCGAAGAGAGAGGAGGAGAAGGAGGAAGAUGGAGAGAAGGAGACAGUAUUAUGAACGCUUAGAGGUAGUGGAGGAAAAUUCUGAAUCUGAAGGUGAUGAGGUUGAUGAAUCUCUGUCUGACCUUGUUGAAAUAAGAACUGCAGUUACGGAGAAAGAUGACGCGGUCGUCAGUCCGUUAGCUUCUGAGAUAUUGCUGGAGCAGGAGGGGAAGGAGAGAGACCCUCUGUCGUCUCCCUCUAGCUGUCCAGGCGUUACAGAAAGACAAACACUCGAUGUAGAAGGACAGAAGCCUGGUGGAGAUAAUGUAUGUGAGGAGAAGUCUUUGAGGCAGAUUUGUACGAGUAGACCCGUGUUGACAGAAGAUGACAUUGCAGCCAGUCGGCUGACUCUUGAAGAAAUAAAACAGAUGGACAAGUUCCAGAAUUAUUCGGUUGGAGAACCAAGUAAGGUUGUGUAUGUGAAAAACCUUCCAGCACAGACAAAGGAAGAGGACCUCCUCUCUCUGUUUGGACUCUUCCAGAAGGCAGAUGGGCCAAAGGUCAUCUUCAAGUUGUUGACCGGCCGAAUGAGAGGCCAGGCAUUCAUCACAUUUCCUGACGAAAUUGUGGCUGGGAGAGCUAUUGAUCUGGUCAACGGGUACAAGCUGAAGGGUCAGCCUGUGAUACUGAGCUAUGGCAAACGACGGGACUGACCACUCAGGAAGGGCCCAGAAAGAUUUUUAAAAAUCUUUUUGCAUUUUGUCAUGCAAGAAUGAUUCCUGACUGACUGAACUGGAUUCAACGUUACGUCUUUUGGAAUGACACUUACCAUGACUAUUUCACCGUGCUCCGAUUGUUUACUGGGUACAGGCAUUCCCUUGCCGGUCAGCCUCCUUCAACCAGUGUCUGUGGUGUGCAGCGGUUAGGCACCUUGUUGUCACAUGCAGGAGACUCGACUUCAAUUCCCAAGUGUGGAGAAAUUUGUUUCCAGCAUCUUAGUCUUUGUGCUGGGGAUGCUGUGUCCCUCUCAGCCUGGGUUGCCUCAGACAGGCAGGAUCGGAAGCCCGCCUUAUAUUUGUCUUAAUUGUGUUUCGAUUGGGGCAUAAAAAACAGCUACUUUUUUAAAACAAAAGCGAAAAAACCUUUCUCCGAGAAGAGUAUUGUCCUUUGGGUGGCUUUACGGCAUUGUUUCUCUCUUCAAUAAUAA